GUCCUCAAAGACCUUUCCGGUCUCUCGGCAGUGAGUCCAUUCCCAUUUCAGUUCAGGCUGUAGCGUGCUGAUUGUUUUAGUCUAUUAUGAUGACUUAUUCACUCGUACAAACGGUCGUACACGAAAUCACCAGAUUAUGGGAACUACGAGAUAAACGAGUGGACGAUUGGCCUUUGAUGAGCUCCCCAUUAAUGCCAAUCGUGAUCUGUCUGGCUUACGUUUACGUCGUCAAAAUAUGGGGUCCGCAGUACAUGAAAGAUCGGCCAGCUUACAAGCUAAAGGAGGCUUUAUUGGUCUACAACUUAUUUCAAAUCGUUUCAAACGGCUGGUUAUUCUACGAAUUAGGCCGCUACGGCUGGCUCAGUGGCAAUUACAGUUUCACGUGUCAGCCAGUUGACUAUUCGAAUAGCGAAUCAGCUUUGCGAAUGCUCACGGCAAGCUACUUAUUCUACAUUUUGAAAUUCUUCGAUUUAUUCGACACGCUCUUCUUUGUUCUUCGCAAGAAGUUCAGCCAAAUAUCGACGCUUCACGUCAUCCACCACGCGUUACUUGUAAUCAGUCCCUGGCCAGGAAUUCGAUUCGUCUGUGGAGGGCACACCACUUUUUGGAUUUUUCUCAACACUUUCGUUCACGUCGUGAUGUAUUUUUAUUACUUCAUGACAGUCAUGGGUCCGCGCUAUCGACAAUUCCUCGGUUGGAAGAAACAGCUCACCAUCCUUCAGAUGACUCAAUUCGUCGUGGCAUCUCUUCACUGUUUCCAGUGGAUAUUCAUCGAUUGCGAUUUUCCUGUCGCUUUCUGCUGGUGGAUCGGUGGCCACGAAUUACUUAUUCUCCACUUGUUUAUCAAAUUUUAUCAAAAAACCUACGCUCUCCAACGUAAAGAAGCGGGGGCUUUUUCAUCGAUGCCAAUCCUGAAUGACAAAAAUAAAUGAGAACAUUAUCCUCGCUUCUAUAGGCCUGGUUCCCGCCAUGAAAUGAAUUUAAACGUAAAUGUUACUAAUUGUUACAUUAUAUUAAAAUAUUUAUUCCCCUUGGUCAUGACUUGCAAAUAAAUAGAAACAUAAAUUACUA